GCGUUCUGGACCAGCCAGUGGGAAGUGUAAGUGUCAAUGUCAAACAGCGAGAAAAAAACGCAGGUCAGCUUGUUUCGGCAGGUUACGGCAACAUCCGCCGAUCGAACCUCCAGAGACUCUGGCAACCGAUAGCUGCUGCGCGUACCCAUCGCAGGACGUCAGACCGUAACGCUGUAGGACCGACCGCUUUGAGGAGAUAUGAACUCUCUGCCGAGCAGGAGUCUUCUGUCACUGUGCAGACAUGCUGCCAGUAGCACCGGCGGCGUCGCAGCGCUCGUGGGCCAGGGGAAGCAUGCCGGGUACCGGAGCGCGAGCAGCGUCAGCACCAAGAAACGCGGCUAUGACAUCACAAGAAACCCGCACCUGAACAAGGGCAUGGCCUUCACGCUGGAGGAGAGGCAGCAGCUGGGGAUCCACGGUCUGCUGCCCCCCUGCUUCCUCACGCAGGACGUGCAGGUGCUGCGGGUGAUGAAGAGCUACGAGACCCGGAGCAACCCCCUGGACAAGUACAUCCUUCUGAUGACUCUGCAGGACAGGAAUGAGAAGCUCUUCUACCGCGUGCUGACCUCCGACAUUGAGGAGUUCAUGCCAAUCGUGUACACUCCCACCGUGGGGCUGGCCUGCCAGCAGUACGGCCUGGCCUUCCGGAGGCCACGAGGCCUGUUUAUCACCGUCCAUGACAAGGGUCACAUUGCCACUAUGCUCAACUCCUGGCCAGAGGAGAAUAUCAAGGCCAUUGUUGUUACGGAUGGUGAGCGAAUCCUCGGGCUGGGUGACCUGGGCAGCUACGGCAUGGGCAUCCCUGUGGGCAAGCUUGCCCUUUACACCGCCUGCGGAGGGGUACCACCCCAGCAGUGCCUACCUGUGCUUCUGGAUGUGGGAACAGACAACCAGACACUUCUUGAUGAUCCCCUCUACAUCGGGCUGAAGCACAAGCGUGUGCGAGGGAAGGAGUAUGACGAGCUCAUCGACGAGUUCAUGCAGGCCGUGACUGACAAGUACGGGAUGAACUGCUUGAUACAGUUUGAAGAUUUCGCCAACAGCAAUGCCUUCCGCAUUCUCAAUAAGUACCGAAACCGGUACUGUACGUUCAACGACGACAUCCAAGGUACCGCCGCUGUGGCAGUGGCUGGGAUUCUGGCAACCCUAAGGAUAACCAAGAAUAAAAUCUCUGACCACAAGUUCGUGUUUCAGGGGGCAGGAGAGGCCGCGAUGGGCAUUGCGCAGUUGCUGAUCAUGGCCAUGGCCAAGGAGGGUAUCCCUCAUGCUGAGGCCAUCAAGAAGAUUUGGAUGGUGGAUUCCAAAGGCCUCAUCGUCAAGGGCCGAGGUCACCUGAACCAUGAGAAGGAGGAGUUUGCUCAUGAUCACCCUCAGGUGAAAACCCUGGAGGAGGCGGUGCAGAAGCUCAAACCCACAACCAUAAUCGGCGUGGCUGCCAUUGGUGGGGCUUUCACAGAGAAGAUCAUCAAAGACAUGGCAAGCUUCAAUGAGCGUCCCAUCAUCUUCGCCCUCAGUAAUCCCACCAGUAAGGCAGAGUGCACGGCGGAGCAGUGCUACAAGUUGACGGAGGGCAGGGGCAUCUUCGCAAGCGGAAGCCCCUUCAAGAAGGUGACCCUGGCGGAUGGCCGCACCUUUUACCCCGGGCAGGGCAACAACGCCUACAUUUUCCCGGGCGUGGCUUUGGGUGUGAUGGCCUGUGGCGUGCGUCACAUCUCCGAUGAAAUCUUCCUCACUACGGCCGAGGCUUUAGCAGAGAUGGUUACUGAGGAGCAUUUAGCGGAGGGCCGACUUUACCCCCCUCUGAGUACCAUCAGGGAGGUGUCCUUCAAGAUUGCGCUGAAGAUCGUGGACUACGCCUACAAGAAGGACAUUGCCUCCUGGUACCCAGAGCCCAAAGACAAAGAGGCCUUUGUCCUCUCUCAUGUCUACAGCCCCGACUACGACUCCUUCACCCUGGACUCCUACAGCUGGCCCCAACACGCCAUGGCAGUCCAGGACGUCUAAGGCGUUGUGACACUGGUCACUUCCACGUCUCCGCGUUCCUUCCGCGAGCACUCCUCUUCCCCCGUUACCGUUUCCCUCUCUUCGCUCGUGAUCCUCAGCCUGAGGGGUAGACUCCAUUAUUUUUUAGUUCUGCCAUUUUAUGUUGUCGAUUUAAGCACGAUUAGCGAGUCUCUUGACAGAUGUUUUAAGACACUAGGGUGAUAUUAAGAAAGCUUUUAAAGAUGUACGAUUGUUAGGUUUGAUUUCAAUUCUGAAUGGUCGUAGAGACAGAGAGGCAAUACACAGUGUGACACAAAGUCAUUUCGAUGGCAUCUAAAGGCAGCGACUUUAAACUCCAGUGUUAGGUAAGCAAUGCUAUCUUCAGCAAGCUUUUACCUCCUUAUCAUUAUAGAAACAUGAAGGAUGCUUGUCGGUCCGGAACUUUCAAGUCCUCACACUCCAGUCUAAGUUCUAACCAGGACCGGAAACUUACAUUUCUAUGGCUUCUAUUUUGUGUUUAAAACGUCCCAGUGAACUUCAAAAAUAUCCAGAAAUGCUGUCCACUGUCCAGCCUUCACACUCCAUCCUGUGCUCUUCCCCAAUCACUCCCUUUUAUUUGUUUUUUAAUCCAUCGACUGCUCUUUCUCCUUGGUCUUGCAGCACCCUGUCAGUUCCUGUACGUUUGAUCUUAUUGUCCUCUGUUAAACCACCUAAAUUCCGAUGUACUGUAUUUACGAAGGACUCUUUGUAAAAGAAAGUCUGUAACCAGAAAAUGUUCCAACUUAAUUGUAUCGCUACGUUUUAUAUAAAGCUUAGACUGAUUCCUGGUGUCCGAUUUUGCCGGAAUGUUUGGGAUUUUAGGGGAGGCCAGCGUCCUCUGAGUGUUUGUGUGCGAUGGGCAUGUGGGUUUCUCUGAAUUUGCCCAUGAGUCACUAUUCAUUUUUCACAAGGCCUAAAACUUGGGUUAACUGCUGCAGAUCCAUGUUCACGUCACAUGGGCAGAGGAAGCACAAUUACUGAGUAUCGAAGUUUACACGACACGUCUUUAAGUGCCAUUCAAGUACCAAAGACUGAUGGUCUCAGCGGACAUUUGAGGGUGAUUCUAACAUUUAUCAAAAUAUUAGUUCUGUUGGUAAUGAAGGAAAAAGUGCUUCACUCUGACGAUCUGCUUUGCUUUCCCAGAAUGCAUGAUUGCUAAAUUCUGAUCCAAUUUAGAUUCACUCAUAUCUGUUUCAUGCUUAAUUCACGCGUCGGGGGGAGAGAGAUGCGGUCAUACCAUGCCUCUCUAUCAUCUGCUGGGCUGUGAGUAAAAAUUUGCUAUUUUGUGAUGGACACUUUCAGCGUUGGGAUGUAUGAAGUGUGCUUUGGCUACUAAUGCCUUACAAAGGAGAAAUUCUGGACAGAAAAAUAAGGUAAUACAAUAAUAAUGUAAUAAAUUUAUGGAAAUCA